UGCGUGGUGGUUGCCAUGGAGACGGGCCGCGCAUCCCGCAAGAACACAGAGACUAAACAAAUGGAAAAAAUCACUCAUCUGGAAGCUCUGAUGUUUAGUGCUGUGCUGGAGAGCUGUGUGGAUCAACUCACAAUUCUUGGAUAUAUCAUGCCAGUUCCACAUACGGACAAGACAGACAUCAACCUUGAAACGAAAGAAAUUAUCCAGAAGGAGCUGGGUAUCAACUUCCCAGAGCUUAUGUCAGCAAAGCAGGAGAGUGGGCAAACAGUCCUGGAAAACACCGAACAAAAGCAGCAGCAGGGGAAAACUGAAGAUGAGAAAAGCACCCAGCAUUCUUCCAAAACCCCCAAGAAACACAUCACUCGGGCUCUAGAGAAGCUCAAAAAAAUUUAUGCUGACAGGCAGUAUGCAAGUGAUGUAAUUACAGUCACUAUUAAAAAGAUGGAGGAAUUGGGAACAUUUAGUAGCUUAACAGAUGCUAAUGAGAGAGAGAAGGCAAGAAAGGGCAAAUUUUAUGACAUCCUCAUCAGGGAGGAAAAAGGAAAGAAGGACAUAAAGGCACUCCAGAAACAGCUGCAAGAAGUCAAGAAACAAACUGGUCAGGACCUUCAGAGCCGAGAUUCGGUUAUUGAUCGCCUCCAAGAUAAGCUUCAAGAGACCACGGCCAAAGUGGACACAGAGAGCAACUACAUGAAGAAAAACACAGAUCUCCAGAUCCAACUAACCCAGAAAAAGUGCAGCAGUGCAGAGAAUGCCCUGGAGAAGGAAAUCCAGAAUUUAAAGAGCAAAAUUGAUGAGGAGAUUCAGCUUCACAUGGAAACUGAAAAUUUCCUCACGCAAGAGUAUCAGAAGGUGAAAGAGAAGCUGCAAUACUGGAUAGAGAAGUAUCAAAAAGACACUGCUGCAAAAGAUGAAGAACUGGAUGAUCUAAGAGCAUUAAAAGCAGAGAACUUGGAAACAAUGCAGAGAUUUGCCAAGGAGUGCCUGACAUUCCAGACAACCAUCAUCAUUGACCGGACAGACAAGGAGACCAAGAAGAAACAAAGAGAGCGGGAAGCCCUGGAGCUGAAGAGUGCUGUGAAGGUGCAGGCCUGGUGGAAAGGUACAAUGGUCCGCAGAUUCCUCGGCCCCUACCAGGAGCUUGAGAAGUAUUUGAAGGGAAAAGGAGAGAAGGAAACAGGCAAGGAAAAAUCUGGAGCAAAGAAGAAAAGAGCUAAGUAAAGAAAGUGGCCACAGAUGUGCUCCAGGACUGCUGCUGGGCAGGGCACUUGGUAUGUCUGACAGGACAAAAUAAACCAUGUAACAGAG